CCGGAGGCUCGGAAUCUGCCAAGACGCAGGAGGAGGCGGCCAAGAAGGAGUUCGAGUUCUGGAGCACCCAACCCGUGCCUCGGAUCAAUGAGGAGAUCACCACCAACGAAUGCAUUCACCCGGAUAUUCCGCAUGAGAAGCUCAGACAGGCGCCGUACUCGUUACCCAACGGAUUCGAGUGGGACACGCUCAAUCUGGAUGACCCUUUAGUGCUAAAAGAGCUCUACGUUCUGUUAAAUGAGAAUUACGUCGAGGACGACGACAACAUGUUUCGGUUUGAUUACUCGCCCGAGUUUCUGCAUUGGGCGCUCCAGCCUCCGGGCAGUCUUCGACAAUGGCAUUGUGGGGUGCGGGUGGCCAGGAGCCGCAAACUUAUGGGCUUCAUCAGCGCCGUGCCCGCAACCAUUCGAUGCUAUGAGAAAAUCACGAAAAUGGUGGAGAUCAACUUCUUGUGCGUGCACAAGAAACUCCGUUCCAAGCGGUUGGCGCCCGUGCUCAUCAAGGAGAUCACCCGUCGCGUCAAUUGCGAGGGUAUCUUUCAGGCCGUGUACACGGCUGGUGUGGUUUUGCCCAAACCCGUGGGCACAUGUCGGUAUUGGCAUCGCUCGCUCAACCCCAAAAAGCUGAUCGAUGUCCAGUUCUCGCAUUUGGGCCGGAAAAUGACUAUGCAACGCCUUUUGAAACUCUACCGACUACCUGAAGAGACCAAGGUUCCCGGAUUAAGGGCCUUCAAAGCCACCGAUGUGCCCCAAGUGUGCAAACUGCUGAAUGAGUUUCUGCAACGAUACGAUUUGGCGCCCGUGUAUUCCGAAGAAGAAUUCACCCACUGGUUUCUGCCACGUGAUGGUAUUGUUGAGAGCUUUGUAGUGGACCAUCCUGAGAAGAAGGCCAUAACGGACUUCAUUAGCUUCUAUUCCCUGCCGUCUACGGUUAUGGGACAUCCUACGCAUAAUAAGCUCAACGCUGCUUACUCAUUCUACAAUGUGGCCAACGCAACGCCAUGGGCUGACCUUAUGAACGACGCGCUGAUAUUGGCUAAACAGCGACACUAUGACGUCUUUAACGCUUUGGAUUUGAUGGAAAAUUCGGAGUUCCUGGAGAAACUCAAGUUCGGCAUCGGUGAUGGUAAUCUGCAAUACUAUCUCUACAAUUGGCGGUGCCCCUCCAUGCCGCCCAAUAAGAUUGGGCUUGUUUUACAAUGACACAUUGCACAUGUAUGUCAAUCUUGGUCAAUAGAAGAAUCCUUCCAAAAAGUGA